AUGCUGUUGUAUCGUCUGUUCUGUUUACUGAUGUUGCUGCUGAGUGUUGCAUCAUUAUGCAUUUCAGCGACCGAGAGUUUACCGACUGAUGAAGAUGCUGCUGCUGUUUGCAAAGAAGGUCCUAAUUGUACUUGUGAUGGUAAAACUUGCACUCCUGUUGCUGUUCAACCGUCAGCAACAGCAGCACUAUCUUCACAACCUUCUGUUCCUGGUGGUCCUGGUGGUCCUGGUGGUACAGGUGGUACUCUUGCUGCUCAACCUGAUACUGCUUCCGCUUGUAUUAAAGGUGGUACUGGUGCUUCUACUGAUGGUACUUGUAAUCCUUCUCCUGCGCUUGUUGGUGGUGUUGGUACUGUUCCUCAACCGCAAUCUACCACAAGAAACUCUGCUCAAGGUGAAGGGGGAUCGCAAGAUAGUGUCAGUGAAGAAGAUCCUGCAAGAACUGAUGUUGAAAAUCCUGCAGGCGCUUCUGGUAAAGUUGCUACUUCUGGUGGUGUUUCUCCCCAAGCCGCUUCUUCUUCUGAACCUCCAACGACUCCAGUUGAACCUGCUGCUCAAAGUCUUGGAAGUAGAGGUGCGUCUACAGAUGAGGGUCAACGUGAAAGUACGGCAUACAGGCUUCUUCUUCUCCUAACACAGAAGCCACAGGGAAUGGCAGUGAAGCCGAUGGUUCUGAUACUGUCACCUCUGCAAGUGAUGCUAAACCUGACAACAAUGAGUCCCCAAAUAAUCAAGACGGUGUGA